GUGUGUGUGUGUGUAUACGACGUUAUAAACAUGUUCGUGUAUGUACAUAACAUUUCUUGAGGUUCUACAAUCUCUUGCUUCGCGGUCUAACUCUACGGUAUUAUCGGAACUGCGGUAUUGCGCGGAUAACACGAAUGAAAUGCUUGAUCAAAGAACCAUGUAUCGCACCUCCAAUUUCAUCUCCGAAUCCGAUGCCGAAAUUCAAAAUGGAUUUCGUAUGGUGGACAUUUUUUUGAGUUUUGGCAUCCUCUACGAAGGAAAGAAGUAAAGAAUCCAACGAAAAUACAACCGAUAAUAACUGACAUCUGUCGCAUAUCUAAUUGAAUCAUCGUCUAAUUGAAUUCAACAUAUCGCUAAGCAAGCAACGAUCAUACUUCAGAGUGGAACGACGUUGUAUGAAGCUCAUGUGAGGAACAAUCGGUUCUUUAUGCUAGAAAACUCGCCGCCAGUUCUUACGCAAAACCAAGCUGCAGCGGAUCGUUGAGAAUUAACGAACCGCUAUCGUUCCAAUAGCAAUUUUCAUCGAGCGCAACCCAACCUGGUUGUUCGAGCGUGGUCGCAGAAUGAGAAGCGGUCAAAUAAGGAGUAAUUCUUUUCUGAUUUCGGAAUCGCUCCGAGUACCAUUGUCACCUCCAACACGCACGUCGCUUGCACACUUGUACCUCAUAAAACGCGUGUUGGUGGACGCAGGAUGCCGAUACGAGGGCUAAGUUCCAAAACGACGAAGUUAAAGACGAUAAUGGAUGCCAAAUCGUCGGUCGAAUUUACAAUCAACGGAGAGUCGCAUGUGGUGUCCGGAAACAUACCGGUCAACACAUCCCUCAAUGUCUACAUCCGCGACUAUGCGAAACUGCGUGGCACAAAGGCGAUGUGUCACGAAGGUGGUUGCGGUGCUUGCAUCGUUGCUGCGGAAAUCGACGGUCAGACAAUGGCCGUGAAUUCCUGUCUCAUACCGGUGCUGAUCUGCAACGGAUGGGUGGUUCACACGAUCGAAGGCUUAGGCAACAAGAAGCAGGGUUAUCACACGAUACAAGCUACGCUCGCUGAGAAGAAUGGCUCGCAGUGUGGAUACUGUUCCCCCGGCAUGGUGAUGAAUCUCUACAGCCUCACGAAAAAUAAGAAAUUGACUAUGCAGCAGAUUGAGAACUCGUUCGGCAGUAACAUAUGUCGCUGCACCGGUUAUCGGCCGAUAUUGGAGGCGUUUAAAGGAUACGCUAGCGAUGCGCCCCCGUCUCUGAAGAAAAGCAUUCGCGAUAUCGAGGAUCUGUACAAAAUCAAGACUUGCCCGGAGAGCGGUUUGCCAUGCACGCGUAAAUGCGCGGACAACAAACUUCAGGCCGGUGUUCCGUUGGACAUUAAAUUGGAUGACGCUGAGUUUUUCAAGGUUUACUCGAUAGAGAAUCUGUUCGCGAUAUUUCAGCAGAAACCGAAGGCCACGUACAUGUUGCACGGCGGCAACACCGCUCACGGUGUUUACCGCGCGGCCAAGUGCGACGUCUACAUAGACGUGAACGACAUACCAGACCUGCGUCGUAUCGAGAAGACCCACGACACCCUGACCCUGGGCGGCAACGUGUCGCUCACCACAGCGAUGGAAACGUUCGAGAAGUACUCUAGCGAGAGCGGAUUCAAGCACCUGCGCCAUUUGGCCCACCACAUCGACCUGAUCGCCAGCGUGCCGGUGCGUAACAUGGGCUCGAUCGCCGGCAACCUGAUGAUCAAGCACGCCCAUCACGAGUUUCCGUCUGACCUGUUUCUCAUGCUGGAAACCGCCGGUACCCAGCUGCACAUCCUCGACGGGCCCGGCCGCAAGCACAACCUGAUGCUGUUAGACUUCCUCAACACCGACAUGCGGCACAAGGUCAUCUACAGCGUGGUGCUGCCGCGCCUGUCGGACGAGUAUGAAUACAGAUCCUACAAGAUCAUGCCGAGGGCGCAGAACGCGCACGCCCAUGUGAAUGCCGGUUUCCUCUUCAAACUCGACGGCGGCGGCAAAGUUUUGGAGAAGCCCAACAUCAUCUUCGGCGGCAUCAAUGAGCACUUCCUGCACGCCAAAACUACCGAGCAGCUGCUGGUGGGCAAACGCAUUUUCGACAAACAGGUGCUGAAGUCUGCCCUGGAGACUUUGCACAAUGAGCUGCAACCGGACCAUGUGUUGCCGGAUUACUCGCCGAAGUUCCGCCGAACCUUAGCCAUGGGACUGUUCUACAAAUUCUUGUUGAGCAUCAAGCCGGACGAAGUGAACGCCAAGUUCCGCAGCGGCGGCACCAUUUUGAGCCGAGAAGUCUCUUCAGGUGUGCAGGAUUUUGAUACUGACAAAAAAAUCUGGCCGCUCAACAAACCCACGGUGAAGCUGGAAGCGAUCCACCAGACCUCGGGCGAGGCUCAGUAUUGCAACGACCUGCCGCCAUUUCCCGGAGAGGUAUUUUGCGCCUUCGUCCACACAAACAUCGGCAACGGCAAGAUCGAGAGCGUAGACCCGAGUAAGGCGUUGAAGAUGAAGGGCGUGAUAGCAUUUUACAGUGCCAAGGACGUGCCUGGCAAGAACCUAUGUAUAGCGGCCGCCAGUCAGGAAAUUAUGUUGUCGCAGGACGAAAUAUUGUUCGCCGAGAAGGAUGUGCUAUACGCAGGUCAGCCGAUCGGCGUGAUCGUUGCGGAGACGCACAAUCUGGCGAACGAGGCCGCGAAAUUAGUGGAGGUCAAAUAUAGCGACUCUUUGAAGAAGAAACCUAUAGUGUCGAUCGAUGACGCCAUCGCCGCGAAAGACGAAACCAGAUUCCUCAAGAACGGCGAGAAAGUUGCUAAAAGAAAGGGAACGGACAUCAAGCACGUGAUAAAAGGUGUCUUCGAAUGCGGUAGUCAGUACCACUAUACUAUGGAAACUCAGUCCUGCGUUUGCAUCCCUGUGGAGGAUGGUAUGGACAUCUAUCCGGCGACACAGUGGAUCGAUCUCAUUCAAGUAUCGAUCGCACAAUGCCUCGAUGUCAAGAAUAAUAGCAUCAACAUCAGCGUGAAACGAAUCGGCGGUGGAUACGGGGCGAAGAUUUCGCGAAACAUGCAGGUCGCGUGUGCUUGCGCCCUGGUGUGUCAUAAGCUGAAUCGCCCGGCGCGAUUCGUCCUGUCGAUCGAGAGCAACAUAAUGUCGGCGGGCAAGAGAUGCGCCUCGCGCCAAGAGUACGAGGUCGGCGUGGACGAUAACGGAGUGAUACAGUAUUUGAAUUCCAACAGCUGGAGCAACAGCGGCUGCAGCUUCAAUGAGCCUCACUCUUUCCUGGUGGUGCAUCAUAUGGAAAGUUGUUAUACAAGCGACACUUGGACGUGCAACGGAUACGACACGCGGACCGAUCUGCCGUCGAAUACAUUUUGCCGAGCGCCGGGAUCCACGGAGGCAAUGGCCAUGAUUGAGCACAUAAUGGAGCACAUCGCGAGAGUGACGAAGAAGGACCCGGUGCAGGUCAGACUGCUGAACAUGCAAAGCGAGCAUAAGUCUGUGUUAGAAACGAUGAUAAAGGACCUGACAAAAUCGGCCGAUUACGAGAUGAGGAAGCGGGUCGUUGAAACGUUCAACAACGAAAACCGUUGGAAGAAGAAGGGAAUCGCCCUGGUGACGAUGCAGUACCCUCUCUUCUACUAUGGUCAGUUCAACGCUGUGGUGUCGAUUUGUGCACGUGACGGCACGGUCUGUGUCACACACGGUGGCAUCGAGUGCGGCCAAGGCAUCAAUACCAAGGUCGCUCAAGUGGUAGCAUACACGCUGGGGAUCGAUCUAAGCUUAGUCAGCGUCAAAACCACUAAUAAUAUAUUAACACCUAAUAAUUCGGUUACCGGAGGCAGUGUUACCAGCGAGAGUUCUGCAAUGGCCGCAAGAAUCGCAUGCCAACAGCUCUUGGACAGACUCGAGCCGAUUAAAAAGGAAAUGAAAGAUCCGAGCUGGCCAGAACUUGUUCUGCAGGCGCACUUAAAGGACGUCGACUUAUGCGCGCGUAACAUGUUAGUACCUCCGAAAGAUUUACAAGGCUAUGCAAUUUAUGGCGUCACCAUCGCCGAGGUCGAAGUAGAUAUGUUGACCGGACAGCAUGUGGUUAAUAGAGUAGACUUAACAGAGGAUGUUGGUAUAAGCCUGAAUCCGGAGGUCGACAUCGGCCAAAUUGAGGGAGCUUUCGUGAUGGGGAUGGGAUACUGGACUUCCGAGGAUUUGGUCUACGAUCCUAAAACAGGAUCGUUGUUGACUAACAGAACUUGGAACUAUAAGCCACCAGGAGCGAAGGAUAUUCCCGUCGACUUCCGUGUAAGCUUCCGCAAGAACGCCGCCAACAAAUUCGGUGUCCUCCGUUCGAAAGCCACCGGGGAACCACCGCUUUGCAUGACCUGUGUAAUUCCGUUUGCGAUACGUAAAGCAUUGGAUUCCGCCAGAGCAGACAGCGGAAAUACGGAUGUUUGGUAUCGAUUAGAUGGACCACUGACUACGGAGCGAAUACUCAUGAACAGUUUGACCAGCAAAGACAAUAUGGUGCUCUGAAUGAACGCGAUAUGCAUUCGAGAACGGUGUUUGCGGAAUCGAUUUCUCUACUUGCUACAUAUCGCUCUUAUCUCUCUCUGUAAUAAUUUAAUCGUCUUCCUUAACCGAAAUAACCAAGCAAGCUUUUGCACACAGUGCCGUCUUUGCGCCGCUGAUGUGCGACGUGAUCUUUCAGGUAAUCAAGAUCGACUCACUAUAGUUAAGAAUUAAUUUGAGCUCUUAAUACAAGAAGCGCACACACAUACAUAACGUGUAUUAUGGUAAAUAAUUUCAAUAAAUAUUCUAUUAAACGCCAUUGAUGUGCUACAUAGUAAAUAUUACAACAACAUAUCUGCGGUGUGUAUAUUGAUAUUAAUGAUAUAAUAUAAUGUAAAGUAGUCGUAAAUAAUAAAUUGUAAAUAAUCAAGGUAUGUACGAGCAUA